AGACACUAACUCGUACCCGUCUCAACUCGGUUGUCGCUGCUGGACGGCGUGCGGUUCACCUUGCAAGUGCUUCCGGGUAUCUGGACCCAGUCAUCAGUCUCCUCAUUGUCGAUCGAGAGCACACCCGCACGAAACCGCUUGUGCAGCCUCGUCAGAAGCCGGCUUUGUCGCGGGCGCUGCAACGCUACAAUAUAGUGUCUUCUUUAUCAGCGCUGACGGCCUCCAGUGCCUGAUACGAUGGAUGACCCAGGUACGUAUCUCAUCGAAUGAGAAUUCCGCCUACAGUGCUUACUCCUCUCCCGCAGUGGGCGAGAUAUCCCAUAUCAUACGAACCCUCUGUACCGCUCCGCCAGCGAUUCAAGCAGCAGCAAUCAGAACCCACUUCACCCCCAAUGCAUCCUUCACACACCCCUUCUGUCGGACAGGGAGCUUUUCUGGUUCAAUAUGGCUUGUCAUCAUAAUCUAUCGGUGGUACAAGAUCCUCAGUCCUCACAUUGAUGUCUGGAUCGAUAGUGUCGCAUUUGACAAGGAGAAAAUGCUUCUCUAUGUCUCUAUCCAUCAGAAUUUCCGGCUCUGGAUCGUCCCGUUCUAUGUCGCUCCCGUCAAGUUCGUCACAGUCCUGAAGCUUACCACGGAUCCUGCUCCCGAGUCCCAAGAUCUCACUGCGGCACCGAGCGGCCCAUCCCAAUUUACAGACAGCAAGGAGGACGGAGAACAAUCCAAUGGGAAGACCAGAGUCAGAUUUGAAGACACCAACACAAGGAAAAGGCGCAAGGACGAUUCCUCUGAGUCCACGAUGGCGAUCACUGAUGGGGCAGGAGGGAACGUCAAAUACUUCAUCCAGUCUCAGGAUGAUCUCUACCAGACCAGCGAGUGGAUCAAGUUCCUCGUGCCAUGGGGAGUGGGUGUGUUUCUGAUGGUCUUCUGGCAAUUCUGGGCCACCUUCCUCUGCGUCGUCGGCACCAAGAUAUUCGACUUUUUGGUGUGGUUCCCACGAAAGAUCUACUACACCGACCUUGAAGUGUUCGAUAACAACGACAAACCAGAGCUUGGUGCUGAUUGACUCCCUUACCUAAGUGAGCUUUGAACAUGCGCUACGACAGAAUCGUGGCUGUUCUUGUAUAGUAUGAUAAUAUGAACAUUA